CUCAGAAUCAUAGCCCCUAACCUCAUCUAAAAUCGUAAAGGGAGUUGAAGAAGGUAGAGAAGAGUGAAGAGAGUGAGAAAGAAUUAAAAACUCAGUUUGGCAAUGGACCGAGACUGGGGAUCGAAGCCGGGGAGCGGAGGAGCCGCCUCCGCUCAGAAUGAGGCAAUCGACCGCCGCGAACGGCUACGGAGGCUAGCCCUUGAGACGAUCGACCUCGCCAAAGAUCCUUACUUUAUGCGAAACCACCUUGGAAGCUAUGAGUGUAAGCUUUGCUUGACUUUGCACAACAAUGAGGGAAAUUACUUGGCCCAUACUCAAGGGAAGCGCCACCAGACCAAUUUGGCUAAGCGAGCUGCCCGCGAAGCCAAGGAGGCGCCUGCUCAGCCGCAACCUCAUAAACGCAAAGUCUCGCUCAAAAAGACCGUGAAAAUUGGUAGGCCUGGCUAUCGGGUGACAAAACAGUUUGAUCCAGAGACAAAACAAAGAUCUCUCCUUUUUCAGAUUGAAUAUCCUGAGAUUGAAGACAAUACAAAGCCAAGGCAUAGAUUUAUGUCCUCCUUUGAGCAGAAAAUCCAGCCAUUUGACAAAAGAUAUCAAUAUCUUUUGUUUGCUGCAGAACCAUAUGAGAUCAUUUCUUUUAAGGUACCAAGCACAGAGAUUGACAAGUCAACUCCAAAAUUCUUCUCACAUUGGGAUCCAGACACAAAAAUGUUCACGUUGCAAUUACACUUCAAAUCAAAGCCACCAGAAGCAAACAAACCUCAAGCUGCUCCGACAGCUAAUGGGACUGGAACUCCUGCUCCACCAGCUCAGGCUCCACCGCCACCACCUCCACCACCACAAGGACUCCCCCCUGGAGCUCCACCAAGGGGCCCACCCUCUGCACCUGGAUCAGUCCCCCCUCCACCUCCCCCCAUGGCUAAUGGACCACCUAGACCCAUGCCUCCAGGUGGUGGUUUGCCUGCACCACCACCUCCUCCAGUUGGUAGUGGUCCUAUGCCAAAUUUCAUUAUGGGGAGGCCUCCAAUGAUGCCUCCACAAGGUUUUCCAGGUCAAGGAAUGCAGCAGCCUCCACCACCACCACCCAACAUGGGUUGAUGAAAAGAUUGCACCCUAAAUUCCGAGGCCCCACCGCUCUUGCUAUGGAGCCCUAGGUUGAUGAGCUUGAGUUUUUGUCAUCGUUGCACCUGUACCAAAUAUUACCCAUCACAAUUAUGGAGUAGUCUUCUAAUCAAUACAUGUCACUUUCUUCCUACCGGAAUUGUCUUAAUAUAUACAUCAUCCUUUUGUUGUCGAUUAGCUUCUUAAAACUUUUGAGAAUAUCUGGGCAUAUUUCCUUUCCUA